AUGCUUCUUCAAUCCGCUUCAAGUUUACUGCAUGAAUACUACAUUUCGGUUACCGCCGCUUUAAUCCUAUUUGGAUUGGUCUCGAAGGUAUACUACCAACUCUUCAUCAACCCUCUCGGCAAGUAUCCCGGACCAAAGCUUGCUGCUACAUCACGUAUACCUCAACUCUACCACGCCUUCAAAGGUGACCUGCUUGAAUGGGUUACUGGACUACAUACCACGCACGGUGAUGUAGUCCGCGUCGCGCCAGAUGAGCUGAGCUAUGCGACUGGCGAGGCGUGGAAGGGAAUCUAUGGCCAUGCCUCUGCAGGGAAACAAGUCACAGAGAAAGACCUUCGAUUCUACGGUCCAUCCUUUAAUGGAGCUCCAGAUAUCAUCCGGGCCAAUGGACCUGAUCACGCUCGCUUUCGCCGCAACUUCUCCCACGCCUUUUCUGAUCGGGCGCUUCGAGAACAACAAUCUCUGAUCUAUGGAUAUGCGGAUUCUUUAAUUGAUAUCCUCCACAGAACGAUCAAGGAGGACCCUGAGGCAAAAGUCAAUAUGGUCCGUAUGCUCAAUUUCACGACUUUUGAUAUCAUGGGAGAUUUGACCUUUGGUGACUCCUUGAAUCUGUUAUCUGGAACUGGUAACCUGAAUUGGGUAUGUGCAGUCUUUAUCAGUAUAAAAACCAAUACUUUGCGCAGACUGGCACGCUACGUCCCUUGGACCACUCCCAUUGUCCAUAGGCUCAUUCCGAAGGAGCUGAAGCAACAAAGUACCGCUCAUUACGAGGCGUCCCAGGAGCGUGUUGAUAAAAGGAUUGACCUCAACCAUACGCUACAAAAACCUGACAUCUGGGGUAUUGUCAUGAAUCAAAAGGAGGAUCUUCGUCUCAGUCGCGCAGAGAUGUAUGCCAAUUCCCAGAUUUUCAUGGUUGCAGGUACUGAGACCACUGCAACUGCACUAAGUGGCUUGCUCUAUCACCUCCUGAUGACGCCUGAGAAGAUGAAGAUCAUUGUAGGGGAGGUUCGUGGGGCUUUUGAGAAAGAUUCUGAUAUUGAAAUGAAAGCUCUGGAGCAUAUGCCGUAUCUCAAUGCAUGCAUUGAGGAAGGAUUGCGUGUCUAUCCUCCUGUUCCAAUCGGUCUGCCUCGCAUUACUCCCGAUGAGGGGUUGCUUGUUUGUGGUGAACACAUCCCAGGAAAGACGGCUCUGUCGGUUCAUCACUGGGCUACAUAUCGCAGCGCUCAGAACUUCAGAUUGCCAAAUCAGUUCAUCCCUGAGCGUUGGAUUGGCGAUGAGUUUGCCACCGACAACAAGGCUGCAUUCCAGCCAUUCUCAUUUGGCCCUCGCAACUGUAUCGGGAAGAAUCUAGCAUACCACGAAAUGCGGGUCAUUCUGGCCAAGGUGCUGUAUAACUUUGAGCUUUCUCUUCUUCCUGAGUCCAUUGGUUGGGAGAAACAGAAAACCUUCUUGUUGUGGGAGAAGAACGAGUUGAUGGUUCAGCUGAAGGCGAGAAAAUAA